GUCCUCCUUAAAACAGGUGGGAGUUAAAUAUCACAGGAAAUGAGCACACGGCGUCUUAUCUGACGAUACGGGACACACCCGUGACUUUCCCUCCGGGGUUUCAGAGAAGGAGAGGAGCAGUUGUUCAGAAACACACACAGAAGCAUGAGGAGGUUUUUCAGAGCGCACCGGGACGAGGACUACAGUCAGAUCCAGUAUCUGACGGCCAAGUGCACCCGCCUGGCUCACGACAAAGCAGUGCUCGACCGGGAGUUCCUGGUGUCCAGAGAGAGGGAGAGGAAGCUGCAGAAUGACCUGGAGGCUGCGACCGCUCGACUCCUCCACCAGGAGCAGGUGAACAUGCAGCUGAGGAUGAAACAGGACCAGCUCAUCGGCAGGAUCCACCAGCAGCAGGAUCUGGUGGACUUGCUGCAGCAGCGUGUGGUCCUGCUGGUGGAGGCGAGCUCCCGGGACGCGGAGCUCCUGCGGCAGGUCAGCUCCGAGCUGCUGUGCCUGCAGAGCUCCGAGGUGAAGCUGGAGGGCCUGGUGGAGGAGCUGCACGCCGAGGCCCAGCACAGAGCCGCGGUGGCGGAGAGCCUCCAGACCGAGCUGCAGGCCGAAGCCCAGCGCAGGGCUGAGCUGACGGAGGGCCUCAGGGCGGAGCUGCACAGUAAGACAGAGGAGCUGGAGGAGCUGCAACACAUCAACAAAACUCUGACAAAGGAGCUGAAGGGUUUAAGCAAAGCUCAUGAGAAGGAGGUACGAGAGCUGCAGCAGGAGAACGAGGGAAGUCUGAGGAAACUACAGGAGACAGCAGAGCAGUUUGAAUGGCUGUGUCAGCAGCAGCGUUACUGGAUGUGCUGCGUCAAGAGAUUCAAAGCCUGUCUGAUAGAGGAGAGAGAGGCUCUGCUGCAGCAGGUCAGCAUGUUGGAAAAGAAAACUCAGAAACUGAGGAGUUUACAAGAUGAUAGUCCCACACAGAGCCUCAUCUGCCCCCUACAGGACACUGAGAGCUGUGACAGCAGUAUAGCAUCAUGGGAGGCAGAAGCAGUGGCUGACCUGGAGUCUCAGGUGGAGAAGUCCAACACGUUGUAUGAGGACCUCUUUAACCAGGCAGGGAGUCCUAUCAACGGACACCAAAAACCUCCUUGAGGACAGAAGCCUGGAGCCUGGACACAUCUUUGUUUUCUCUUCCCACCUUCUGCUGACCAGAAGAUAAUGACUAGAUGUUUGUGUGUGUGCUUAGCUAUGUGGAAUACUUCCCAGUCAUUGUGUAAAAAAAACAAACUAUCUUGGAAAAACAUACCUGUGAAACCAAGUUUGUCUUCCACAAUUGUUCAUCUGUCUUGAAAAGAAUCUCUUUCAUGAUAUAUGACUGAAUUAAACACUGUACUAUGUG